AUGCAACGGGGCGGCAUGGCCACGAUGGACUCGAAGCCCAUUAGAUCCAAGCUAGAAGGCGAAGUAGCGUACUUACAACGGAUACUAGUAGAGCAGCGGGAGGAGAAGGAGCUAGAGAUACAAGCGCUAAGAGAGACUUUGAACCAGAUAGUGACGCGCCAUGCGGAGGAGCUUCAGGCAGUGAACAGCCAAUGGGAGGGACUUGUGGGCACACUCAGAGAGGAUGGCGAUGGGGAGCUGCCCGGCGGCGGAGCGCACACAGCCCAGAUUAAGGACCAAGCGAUGUUCUCCAAGAAGCUAGCUGCUCGAGCAGCAGCGGCAGCACUAGCGAUAGAUAGAAUGAAUCCUACGUUAGACUCCGAUGCGGUUUACCGUGUGGGAUUAGCUGGAGCAGUGCGGUGCCCGCAUUGCGGAUGCGACAUUACUGAGACUGUGCGGGACGCAGACGUGCGGGAGAGAUGCACGAGCAGUGACGAGAGGGAGGGGCGGAAAGGGCGAAGCGGAGAGGUGUCGUGCAUGGACGACGCCGCUGCCGGCCUCAGCAGCGUAGACGCGCCUCCGGCAGCCCUUGCCACCCGUGCUAUGAGCCUAGUUUCGUUGUGUGACUUCGGAUGGUCGUCCAGCAGCGUGGGGAAAGAUCUGCCAGAGGGUGUUCGGCUUACCGCGGGAGGGCGUUGCGUGGACGGGGCUCGGCAGGCGAACGAGGCGUGGCUGUUGGAACUGUUCGUGUCGCAGGUGCAUCGUGUGGCGGAGUGCAUGGAGGCCUAUUGCGGGAACGUGUCCCGCCGCCUUUCACGGCAGGGUUAUAGAACUGAUCAUUUAGUGCUGGAGAUGGUGGGAGGAAAAGCGGCGCACCACGCGGACGAUGGCAGUGGGGCGGGUAGCGACGCGGAGAGCUGCCACAACUACCAGCAUAGUCGGCGGCGGGGGCGGCAUCGCAGCGAGUGCGCGUCGCUGCUGGACUGCGUGCUGAACAUCGCGAGCUGCGUGCUCUUCACGGACUUCGAGGCGGAGGACUUCGUGCGCGCGGGUUUCAGCCGCCUGCUCAGCAACGACGAGCGCUGCGCCAUGAAGCUCUCCAAGUUCUUGGCGCUCAAGGAAAAGGACCGCGCGCUCAGAGGCAGCUUCGACGCCAACCGCGAAGCCAAGUUCGCCCACUUCUGCUCGCGACGCCUGGAGGAGCUGGGCGAAUGGCUGCAGGCAGCGGCGCUGGCGGGGGGACGCGAGCUGACAGACGAGCGCAUGUCCACAGCGCUACUGGGCGAUGAAGGAGACGAAUUCGCUGCGGCGUCGUCAGACUUCGUCAGCUUGUGUCGCGCUGUGCUCGGCCUGCACGAAGCCGCGUGGUCUUUUGGCUGUCCUCUCCGCAUCUCCCGCAUCCCCCCCAACGUCCCAUUUGAUCCAGCUUUGAUGCGACCCUAUACUUGGACAGAACCGACUGGUCCACCAGGUGAACCUAGUGCAGGUGCAACUGCGGGGUUCAGCAUUUUUGGCACAGCAUCAGAAAGUGCCGUAAGGAGCGGGCUGACAAACAGUGCGAAGAAUGGAGGUGGCAGCAGUGGAAGUGAGGGAGGCGUUUUGUCGCUUCUGACAUUCCCUCACUGCGACGCGCCGUUACUGGAGGUGGAGGACGGCCCGCAGCCCAUGAGCGCCAUCGGCGGGGAUCUCCGCCAUGACGGCGCGUCGCUGCGCCACGAGGGGCUGGCGCUGGAGAAGAACGCGGAGGCGCGGAGCCUCGUCGCCGUGCGCAACGCGCUGGAGGAGCUCGAGGCGCACCUGGAAUCGCUGCAGGACGUGAGUCCGGCGGAGCGCGAGUUGGCGCUGAUGGCGGUGGAGGCGAAGCGGCAGGAGCUGCUGCAACACCUGCUGGCGCACCAGGGCCGCGAGUGGCAGGUGGUUCAAGAGCUUCUGGGCUUCAUCGGCGACACGUCAGCGCCGCGCACGGACCUCAGUCUGCCGCCGUACACGCACCCCACGGCGCCCGGGCCCCUGCCGCCGCUGUACCACACGUUCCACCACCAGCAGCUGCAGAACCACCCGCCCGCCUCCCUCGCCACUCCACUGCCUGCGCCCCGCCGCCCCGCGCACGACCCGCCGCAACAGCAGACGACCCCGCAGGCCAAAGCGGUGGCGCAGCAGCAGCAGGGCAGGCGCGCGGAGGCACGCGCGCACUCUCAGCAUCAAAUUCCGGUGCAGCAGCAGCAGCAGCAGCAGCAGCGGCGCGGGCAGCAGUCGCAGCACGGGCCGGCGGACUCGUCGUCGAGCAUGUCGUCGUCGCGGCUGCUCGGCGCGCAGUUCGGCACCGCCUCGUCCACGUCGUCGCCCGCGCACGACGACGGCGAGGUGGACCAGGCGCACGGCAAGGGCGCCACGCGCCCGGGGCAGGCGCGCGGAGGUAAACUGGCGCACAUGCAGCAGGGCAGCGACGGAGGGGAUGCCGGGAGGCAGGUGCGCUCCAUGGUGAGCGGAGAGGAGGGGUGGUGGUCGGAGGGGACUGGGCACGGGGGCACGUGUGCGGGGUGCAUGCGGGGUGAUGCGAGUGGCAGUGAGAGGGAGGAGCAGUCGUGGGGGAGUGAGGUAACUGGGGUGAGAGGAGGCGGGUCGGUGAGCUGGCAGGGCACGCACGGGGAUGACAGCAGCACCGCUUGCAUGUGCUGCAGUGCGGCCGCUGCUGCUGGUGGUGGUGGCAGGAGCAGUGGGCUGACGAGCAACACAAGCCCAUACAUGUCAACAGCAGCAGGCAGGCCAGGCAGGUCUGCUGCCGCCGCCAUGGCUGCGCCCUCUCGCCCCUCCGCGACCCCUCCCGGCCCCACGGCGCUGCUGGGGUCUCUGGUACAGCGCGUGCUGCUGCCGUCCUGCCAGCGCGCCGCAGGGGCCAUCUGGGGCGGGUUCCGCAUGGGCAUGGGUGGCAGCGCAGGGAGCAAGAGCGGCGGUGGGAGUGGAGUGAUGGUGCCAUCGGUGGUGGUGUCUCGAGAGGCUGUGGUACCGCCAUGUGACGCCUUCCCUGCCACCAACCCCGCCUCCAACCCGCCCGCCUCCACUGCCCCCGCCACGCCGUCUGCCUCGUCCACCUCCCCUCGCUCCCAGCGCCAGCGCCAGCGCGUUGCCAUCCCCAUCCCGUCUUCUUUGAAGCCAAAAGCCAUGGCGUCGCCUUCCGACGUCUCCUCCACUCUUCUCUCCCGCCAAGCCCUCGACGCGCUGGGUGCGGCGGAGGCGGCGGUGUCGCAGCUGGAGACGAGCCUAACGCCCAUCGUCGACCGCUGCUCGUCGCGCGCGCUCGCGGCGGACCUCGCGCCCAUGGACCGCGCCAAGACGCAUCUGGUGACGGCGCACGCGGCGGCGUCGCUGUUCUGCCUCGUGCUGCGGUCGUACGGGAUGGCGCCCAGCGAGCACGGCGUCGCGAAGGACAUGGCGCGCAUCGACUCCUACGUCCACAAGGUGCGCCUCGCCGACACCGCCGGCGGCGCCGGCGACGGCGCGGUGGGCGCGCCGACGUCGUCGCUGAACGUAGCGGCGGCGAACCGGUUCAUCGUGCACGCGAUCCCGGACCUGACACCCGAGCAACGGCGGCUGGUGCGCGAAGCAGGGAAGAAACGACGGCCGCGCGGAGGGGAUGGUGGCGGGGAAGGGACGGGGGGAGAGGGGGAGGAGGGAGGUGUGGGUGGGGGCGAGGCGGAGAGGGCGGGGAAGAAGGUGAAGAGCGUGCGACAGGCGGCAGAGGACUUUCUGGCCAUGGCGGCUGCUGACGUGGCGACGGAGGAGGGCGAGGAAAGAUAA